UCAACUCCUCACCAAAGAUGGCGAUUUGCUGAGCGCUCAUGGAUACACACAUUUCUCGGCUAGUUGUUAUCUCACCCGAAACGCCUGCUGUCCAAACACAUUAAGCGCCCAGCGAGCAGCCUUUUCUCCAUUUGAAGCCCGUCUGACGCCGGCACCAUGCAGAUCACGCUGAAAACUCUGCAGCAGCAGACGAUUCAGAUCGAGAUAGACCCCGAACAAACGGUGAAGGCCUUGAAAGAGAAGAUAGAGGCAGAAAGAGGGAAAGACAACUUUCCGGUGUCCGGCCAGAAGCUGAUAUACGCCGGGAAAAUCUUGCAAGAUGACACGCCGAUCAAAGACUACAAAAUAGACGAGAAGAAUUUCGUGGUCGUCAUGGUGUCGAAGGCUAAACCCGCCGCUGCCGCCGCCUCGCCGCCGGUCUCAGAAGCCCCCAAGCCCCCCGUACAGGACUCCGGCUCCACGUCGACAGCUGCCCCGGCCACGAACCCGGCCCCGGCCUCAGCCACAACCCCGACCCCCGCAGCUGUCCCCAUUCCUCCCGAGGAGGACAAACAGGAGCCGAGCGCCGCCGCCACAGAACCACAGCAGCCAGCCAGCUCCAGCGGUGGAGGUCAGGGCUUGGACGCCUCCUCAGCGCUGGCUGGAUCAGAAAUUGACUUAACAUUGACCGGAGCCGAGUACGAAGUGAUGGUGACGGAGAUCAUGUCCAUGGGCUACGAGAGGGAGAGGGUGGUGGCCGCGCUACGGGCCAGCUACAACAACCCCCACCGAGCCGUGGAGUACCUGCUGACUGGGAUUCCCAGCAGCCCGGUGCAGGAGAGUAACCCCCCCCCAGCGCAGGCUCCCACAUCUGGACCCACAGAAGCCCCGUCUCUAGCAGAAGGAGAGAACCCGCUUGCAUUCCUGCGCACGCAGCCCCAGUUCCUGCACAUGCGACAGGCCAUCCAGCAGAACCCGGCGCUGCUGCCGGCGCUGCUGCAGCAGCUCGGCCGGGAGAACCCGCAGCUCCUCCAGCAAAUCAGCGAGCACCAGGAGCGAUUCAUCCAGAUGCUGAACGAGCCGGUGGGAGAGGGCGUGGACGCGCCGGAGGUCGGGGAGAUGGGGGCGGCGGGGGAGGAGGGCGCGCCCGUCAACUACAUCCAGGUCACACCUCAGGAGAAGGAAGCCAUCGAGAGGUUAAAAGCGCUGGGCUUCCCCGAGGCCCUGGUCAUCCAGGCCUACUUCGCCUGCGAGAAGAACGAGAACCUGGCGGCCAACUUUCUCCUCAACCAGGGACUGGAAGACGACUGAGCGGGCGGGACGGACGGACGGACGGACCGCCACUUCCCCUGCCCCUCCCUCCUCCCCUCCCCCUCCACCGCCUCCCUCCCUCCCUCCCCCCCUCCCUCUUUCUUCCGCUCAGCAUAAAGACUGCACCCCCCCCCCCCCCCCUCCCCCCCCCUCCCCAGAUUUUACUGUACAGCUACCAACCUCAGCUCGACCCAACCAGGAGGCGGCGGCGGCGGGAGUGGCGGGGAUGGGAGGCGAAAAACGGGGGCGGGGUUUAGGGGGUUACAAGUACACAAAAGGUGGAGGUUGUGUGCAGGAAAGGCCAUGCUUGAUGGAAAUUGGGGGGGGGGGGGGUUUGUUUGAAGAAGAAAAAAAGAAAUUGUGGAAGAAUGAUGAAAAAUCCCCGUGAAUUCCAAUGGAAUGUGUGGGGUUUGUUUAGGGGAGAUUCUAUCAUUUGAUUUUAGACGCGCUUUGUGAACAUUUAGGGAAGGGGGGGGUGGUGCGACCGGGAAGAGGGAGGGAGGGGGAGGGGCCAGCGGGAGUGCGUGUGUGAGUACGUGUCCAUGUAUGCCUGUGCUGAUGGAUGCGACUACAGUUAAGCCGACAGGAGAGAAAAAAAAAACAAAAUCCAAAAAAUCGAUGAAUAAAUAAACGUAAUCCAAUCUCGCAUCCUCUAAAAGUUUUGUUCAUGCCGUAGGCGGAUUGUACGGAGGCGCUCGCUCCUCGCCGCACCUCCACCACAUUAUCAGAGCGUGUAUGUGUGUAACUGCUUUGUGUAUGAGCCUCACGUAUGUACGUCCAAGAAUGAAACUGGCAGAAA